AUGCCUGCUGAACUUCCAGGACUUUACUGGGAUGAGGCAAGAAACAGAUAUUUCCCCAUUUCUUCAAAGCCCAAACAGCCAAAUCCACCAUCGACGACCUCCAAAGGCUCCCACACAACCCAAAGCGUAAAACGAAGGCGGUCCCAUACACCUUGGCGAACAAAUGGCAUCGUUCGCGGGACGUGGAAUUACUGCCUCAGGGAAAGACUUACAUAUGAACUACUGUCUUUGCAAUACGCAACAACAUCCCGACUCAAUCACACCCACGUACCAACACUUGGCCGCAUAAAAUCCUUCUCUACUGCAACUCUGAAUGGCGAAAACAAACGACUUAUCGGGGAUGAUCAGGGUUGGCUAUACAGUUACCGAGAGGAAUCCAGCCAGGACUGGGAUGAAUUGAAUCCUGAACUGAAUCUGCAUCCAUUAUCUGAGGUCUCUUCAAUAAGCAUAUCUGGUCCGCUUUGCGUAGCGACGUGUCUUGGCCCAUUUGCUAAAGUAGCUGUCCAGGAUCUCACGGCUUCGGGAGGGGCCUACAUAUUAAAUUUCAAUGGGACUCACGACAUCUGGGCUUCGCAUCUUCAAGGUCACAAAUUAGUACUAGGUGCAAACCAAAAGGCAGUGUAUCUCUCCGACGUCGAUUCCAACCGAGCCCCCCAAUUCCUAAACACGAAUAGCGACGUUUUCGCUGUGUUUCUUCAAGACAAUCUGAUCUACACUGGGGCUCGCAACGGGACAAUUCAAAGAUUUGAUACUCGUUCAGGGAAACAGCGUGGCCAGAAACUCUUUGAAAGCCGCUUCUUCGACGCUCCUCGUAGUUCUGUCCUCCAUUUGGAGCCGAUUCGUGACUCACAGCUUUUUGUCAGUCAGAUGAAUGGGGAUCUUGCUUGCUUCGAUUUGCGUUUUCCAGGGUUAUCAUCGAAUCCAGUUGUACAAUACGAAGGGCAUGUGAAUUCUUACACCCAACGCCUUGGAAUUGCAUUCGAUCACACGGAAGGCUUUGUUUUUGCCGCCGGCCAAGAUUGUCGUAUUCGAGGCUGGUCUCUUCACACUGGUGCCCCUAUCACAUCCACACCCCCAGACCCGACAGUCAAGACUACCUUGAAUAUUCCGGUGUCAGCUGUCCAUCGUACCGAAGCGAAUGUCGAAGGCAACCCGUUUUUCACUACCUUUCCGCACCCGAUAGAGACUAUGGAAGUUUCGACUGAGGCCGGGGGUAGCUCGCUCUGGGCGGCCUGCGACCAUGAAUUGUUCCAAUAUCAUCUGGGCCAACGCUGGAUUCCUGUUGCACAGUGA